AAAUUGAAUUGCACAUGCAAUGUCGACUACUAAACUUUAGCUGACUGUAUUUAACGCCCAACGUGUUGUGUUGCACAUUACACGGCGUUUUAAAUCAUACAUGAUUGAUAUGAGGAAUUAGUUAGCGCUGCUCUCUCCAUAACAAUAUGUCAGACAGUAUUUCAGCACGCUGCAGCACUGUGAAGCACAGGUUUUACGCGGAACCUUGUGUCUUGUGCUGAGCUCAACACGGAGCUCUUGGCGGCUACAUCAGGGGUGCUAACCAGCUGUGCUGCUGCUAGCCUCGCCGGUUCUUGCUGACAGUCACUCACCUCGCGUCCUCGCCACUUAAACUUCCACUAUAAUUUAGUUAACUGCUACAGAGCUGAAUGACAGUGACUGUGCUGUUUGUGUGUUACUGUUUUGUAAAAGAAUCAUGCAGCUGAGGCAUUAAAAAUGAGAGAAGGAGUGUGUGUUGUGUGACUCAGCUCUUGUGUAGCGAUGGAGAAGCCCUGGAGGCUGUGGGGGGCAAUGGAGCGGUGUACCCUGACUCUGGCCUCCUGGUCUUGGGGUGCCUGUCGCGUCUCCCUGUUGGCCCUAAUCCUAACCUUUCACCUAUAUGGAGGAUUUUUUCUCCUGGCUCUCAUCCUAGCCUCUGUGGCGGGCAUCCUCUACAAAUUCCAGGAUGUGCUCCUCUACUUCCCCGACCAGCCCUCCUCCUCUCGCCUUUAUGUUCCCAUGCCGACGGGAAUCCCACAUGAGAAUGUGUACAUUCGCACCAAGGACGGUGUGAAGCUCAACCUUAUCCUGCUUCGCUACACAGGAGGGGACAUGCCUCCUGGAGUCACCCCUGGCAAUCAAAGCAGCCCUUCCUCCUCAGCUCCACCUACCAUCCUUUAUUUCCAUGGUAAUGCAGGCAAUAUAGGUCACAGGGUGCCAAACGCUCUGCUGAUGCUGGUCAAUCUGAAAGCCAACGUGGUGCUGGUGGACUAUCGUGGCUAUGGAAAGAGCGAGGGUGAGCCCAGCGAGGAUGGGCUGUACCUGGAUGCCGAGGCCACGCUGGACUAUGUCAUGACCCGUCCUGAUCUGGACAAGACAAAGGUGGUACUGUUUGGCCGCUCACUAGGUGGUGCUGUGGCCGUGCGCUUGGCGUCAGUCAAUCCUCACCGUGUAGCAGCCAUUAUUGUUGAAAAUACCUUCCUCAGCAUCCCACACAUGGCAGCGACACUCUUCUCCUUCUUGCCCAUGCGCCUGCUUCCCUUGUGGUGCUACAGGAAUCAGUUCCUGUCCUAUCGGCAGGUGGCGCUCUGCCGCAUGCCCUCUCUGUUCGUGUCUGGUCUGUCGGACCAGCUCAUCCCACCAGUCAUGAUGAAACAACUGUAUGAGCUGUCUCCUGCACGGACUAAACGCCUGGCUAUCUUUCCAGAGGGCACACACAACGACACGUGGCAGUGUCAGGGCUACUUCGCUGCUUUGGAGCAGUUCAUAAAAGACCUGAUGAAGAGCCAUGCCCAUGAAGAGAGUGCUCAGCCCUCUGCUAGUGUCACCAUUAUCUGACAGGAAUGACUGACUAAAGGUUAUGGGCUGGAUGAAGGAAAGGCAGUCAAGAAAUUGAUGAGACUGACAUAAUAGAUUUUUUGGGAAGAAUGUAAAUUUUUUUAUGCUUUUGUCUGGGUUUUUAUUUUAUUUCACUCUUUUUACCUUUCUGUAAAUGUAACAUCUUUGUCAAAAUGAUUUGACUUAGUCAAGGUUUUAAGAAAGGGAAACAUUACCCUCAUAGGUUAUUUUGUGUUUCAACUCUGAAUGCAUGUACUUGUGACCUUUUUAUGAAUGAAGCCAGAGCAUACAUGCUCACACUGAAAGAUGUGUCACAACCACAAAAGAAUCAGCUGUGGUGCGUCUACUGAAAUUAAUUACAAUCACUGAAACAAUUGCGCUUUCUAUAAUGACCCUAUAAGGUCCUACAGUAUAUCAGUGAAAACAGAUUACUACUGCAAUUCAAAUUACACUUCUUCUGAAAUACAAAAUGAGACACUGAGGAUAUGUAGGCCUAUACUGUGUAUAUAUAUAAAUAUGUUUUGUCAAUACAUUGCACUUUUUUGUUCAAGUUUACUCAAGUGUUGCGUUUCGUAGGCUAACAUCUUCUGAGCAAUACUUAGAGGAACAUAAGGAUGUUUUUUCUUUCCCCUUUUGGUGAGGAACAUUAAUAUUGAGUACUUGCAGCAGCUUGGCAUGUCAUGACAUUGUAGUGAUCAGUAUAUAUGUACCCUUGAAAAUUUUGUUUGGCACAAUAGUGUAAAGAUUUGUGCUGCUGAAUAGUUAUAUUCAGCUACAAAAAGUCAUUUGUUGGCUGAAAUAAAGAGGUCCCUAAGAUAAUGUUGACAAGUUUGUCCCCAUCAAAGAUAAGUUGUCCUUAAGAUCUUUUUCUUAUCAGACUUCUUGUGUUUCUAUGUGACAGGGAUAAGCUACAAGAUAUUCUUCCUGGCACUGUGUCCUGUUUAAAGACAACUAGCUCACAGGAUUGUCUUUACUCUGAAAUUGGUCGGACUUCCUAUUGAGCAGCUUUGGCUCCUGUAGUUUGGUAAGGAGCGUUUGUUCUGGGUGUGGUCUGUCUUGAUACAGCACUGUAACACAUAUGAACAUUGAAAAAGUUACUGGUUGGUGUAGUCCUCCUGUUCAUACUAGCCGUCAAGAGAGUUUAACUGAAGCGAAAAUGAGGCUUCAGCAGUCUGAGUUAGCCAAAUUAAGUGGAUAUUCUCUAAAGUUGAGCCACCUGUUGAGUGCAAAAUUCUGUUUUUGCGUCACUACUGCAUUUCUGCAGAUCAACAAGGAAAUGAUGUCUUGCAAAACACAAAAAGGAAAUUUUGGGUGAAAAAGAGUAACCUCGAAAGAUACUGUCUUUUUUUUGUCUAACUCAGACUGCAGAAGCCUCAUAUUAGCUUCAGCAGAACUUAGUUUUUUUCCUCAAUCUAUUUAAUUGGAGAAGCAAUAGGAACGGAUUUCUUAACAGUUAGUAUAGACAGGAUUACAAUCACUAAUAACUCUUUCAACAUACGUACAUAUGUGCAUGAGAGUAUUGUAUUAAGAUAGUCUUGAAAAAUCUGAAUCUGUCCUUUUAAUUAUUGGAAAUUAAAUUGUAAGCUUUUUAACAAACAUAAUUUGUUAUUGUCAUCAGCGUUAUAAUUGUCAUUUGGAGGAUUCUAGGUUCUCGUCUCACCCGAUGCUUGUGUGGCAAAAUGGCUUUACUCACUUGGAGGGCUUUUAAUGAGCUAAUUAACCAUUCCUGCAUGUCUUCCAGGGGGUGGAGCAGAGCCUGACAAUUUAAAACACUGUUAUCUGCUCUUGCUUUCAAAAUGCAGCACGCUGCACUGCAGAGGUAUCAAAGCCAUUUAAAUACACAACGGAUUUCCUUAGCCAUAUGUGAUACUGUUUGUUAAACAGUAUGCUAAACAAAAUUAAACACCGAAAGACCAAAUAUGUUUGUGUCAGUGUGUUAACAACUUGAACAAUGGUGUAAAGGCUACUAUGAAUGUAAAUUUUGGUCUUAAAUGAACAAGUGUGCUUUAUAAGAAAUAAUGUACAGAUAAUCUUUUCUCCCUUUUUCGUGUGACAUUUUCCCAGCAGUGGCACUGAACCAUUUCAGACGUUUUUGUAAUAUACGUAACCCCCAUGAUCAGUUAGAUGCAGUUUUAUGAUUUUUACCCAUCAUAUGUUGGCAGUGCACAUUGUGCAGUCUGAUUUCUUAACGUGAGUGCAUACUCGUGUCCUUCCACACACUUUCUUUUACACACUGCUCUUAGUUUGCAUUGCACCCUCUCUUCAUUCAUUCACUUGAUUUUGUUGUUUUGGUGGCUGGCCUAAAGCAAAAUUAAUAAUACAUAGAAUUAUUGUGUUGGUUUUUAUCCUGAAAUGUGUUGUUACUGUCAAGACCCUGAUGUUGAAAAGAAAUGGAAUCAAACUGAAUGUCUGUUCAUUUUUUUUUUUUUUUUAUAAAGAAAAUAAUUUGCUAGUUAUUGUGCGACUGCACUAUGGAACAUACUUUUAAAUGUUCUUCUGAUUGUGAAUAAAGUGGUAUGAAUGCUGUUCAAAGUGUUGGCAUAAUUGGAAAUUUGUGAGUUGCGUUUGCAAGCUGGCAUGUGAUUAUGUUGAGUCUUGGCAAAUUUCUGUAAUGAGCCUGCACAGUGUUGACAUUAUUUCUGUACAUUUACCGUGACAUGCAGUGACUCCACAUUGAAGAAACAUUGAUGGGAUAUGUGAACAGUCAGACAUCUGAAUGAUUCAUCUUUAUCUUUAGUAUGAAACAGUCAGUUUAAGGAAUUUUUCCAUUUUAGAGUUGUUUCUUUUCUAUUUAAGAACAAUGUCGACAACUUCUUUUGUAAGCACACAUUUUCACUUUCUAUUUUCUGUACUGUAACAUGUAAUAAAAUUGAUACAUGAAAA